UAUGUGUGGAAGAGUCUGCAGUGGUCAGUAUCUUCUGUCUGUGCUCAAACCCCAUGUUUGUUCCACAGAUUCCAGACAAUCUGGAAAGUCUGACAUGGAGGCUCCACUGUCUGAGGUGCCCACCACCAAGUGCAUUGAGUUCCUAUCCACAGCCCGUGCUCGCAGCACCCCACCUCUGUCCCAGGCCCAGAGGCCCUAUAAAGAGGGGUUCCCAACUCAGAUCAGCACAACACUCAGCCAGCUUCUGCAGCUUCUGGGCUCUGCAGUCUCAGCUCUGUUCCAUCCUCUCCCCCAGCAACACCAUGAAGCUGUGUGUGUCUGCUCUCUCUCUCCUGCUGGUCAUGGCUGCCUUCUGGGCUCCAGCGCUUUCAGCACCAGUGGGUUCUGACCCUCCCACUUCCUGCUGCUUUUCUUACACUGCUCGGAAGCUUCCUCGAAACUUUGUGACCGAUUACUAUGAGACCAGCAGCCUUUGCUCCAAGCCAGCAGUGGUAUUCCUCACCAGAAAAGGGAAGCAAGUCUGUGCGGAUCCCAGCCAGCCCUGGGUCAAUGAGUAUGUGAAUGACCUGGAGCUGAACUGAGCUGCAGGAGGAACCACUUCAGGGAAGGCCUCCUGAGCCCUGCCACUCCUCACUGAGAAGUGCCUUGCUCCUUCCAUUCAGAAUUCCUCUCCCCCUUCAAGUCUUUAUAUACACUGUGUUAUUUUAUUUGGUGUUAUUUCUACUAUUUAUAUUUAGUUAAAGGACAUGUGUCUCCUAUGGGGAUGGUCCACCAUUACUGUUUCUCUGCUAUUGUGGAUAUGACCAUGCAGUUGAUUUCA